CAAGACGUUCCAAAGCGUAGGAUUUGUGUUGCCGCCUCUUGUGCACAGUAGAGGGCGCUUCCACCAACUUAGCCUUCGUGACUCACUGGCACAGACGCGCACAGGGAGCCUCUGCAUGGCACUCCACGUGCCCUCCUUCCUCGGGCCUCUUAGAACCCAAAGCAAACAGAAAGCGAAAACAGAUCAAAGAAAGCACAAUCGAAGUGAAGCAGGUGUUGCUCUUCUACUCUUCUUUCUUCCCAAAGUUUGUAAAUAAACAUGGUCCAGAUAAUGGUAGAAGACCUGGAAUAAAGGAGGAAACAAACACACAGCAAGAGAGAGAGAGAGAGAGAGAGGAAUCGUCACUGUCAUCAGCAUAUGUGGAUCGUGUCGUUUUGGGACGCCUGGUGUUGCCACACUGUUGUGUUGUGCUGUUGAAGCUGCACCGACCCUCUUCUUCUCGUCUAUCCCUCCUCCCCUUUUCAUUCCGUUUCAAUCGGCUUGAACGCAUACAAUCCCAAACCCUAGCUUCGUUUCUCCAUUGAUUCGUAUCGUCUUCGUUUUAGUCUCUGUCAACCUUUUUUGGAAUGGCGAUUGAUCAAAACUCAAUACCCAAAGAUCUCCGGCCAUUGAACGUAGCUCGUGAAGACCCUCGCAUUGCCGCCACUGCCUCUUGGAGGAACGUGGAAGGAUUUUUCCCACCGAAUCCGGUUCGUGACGGGAGCAGUCCUGGGUCGAGUCAGGCUUACUAUCCUGCGGCGACGGUUUCUGAUUCUGGAUUUGUAGGAUUAGGGUUUGGGAAUCCUGCCAUGGCUUGGUUACAUCGCCCACCAUCUGCUGGGUUCACUGACAUACCUCAUUCUGGGAACCGGAUUUGGGACAAUGCGGUCGAUCAGGCCAGUGAUGAGGGUGGCGACGAUUUGUAUUUGGCCAAAAAAAUAAAGCUUUUGUGCAGUUUUGGAGGGAAGAUUCUCCCCAGGCCCAGUGACGGUACCUUGAGGUAUGUUGGAGGGCAGACUCGGAUUAUUGGAGUGAGGAGUGAUAUCCGUUUCAAUGACUUGGUACAGAAGAUGAUGGAAACCUCUGGGCAGCCUGUGGUCGUCAAGUAUCAACUCCCUGACGAGGAUCUUGAUGCCCUUGUAUCGGUUUCCUGUCAGGAGGAUCUUCAGAACAUGAUGGAAGAGUAUGAGAAGCUGGCGGAGAGCUCUUCGGAUGGUUCAGCCAAGCUUCGGGUGUUCUUGUUCUCAGCUUCUGAGCUUGACCCAUCUGGGCUUCUUCAGUUUGGUGAUCUACCAGAUACUGGGCAUAAGUAUGUCGAUGCUGUCAAUGGAAUUCCGGAGAUUGUGGGCGGUGGGAUCACAAGGAAGGAGAGUACAGCAAGUGCAGCGUCUACCCAGAACUCAGACAGCCUUUUGAGUGGUGGUGAUGGCGUCGAUAGCUCAGGUCCCGGUCAAGGUGACGGUGGCGGGCCAGCCUCUCCCACCAUGUCAUCAUCAUCUCCUAGAGUUACUGGUACUGCUGUUGCUUCUCAUGAUGCUUCCACUAGAUUUUUCUCUGUGGGUCCCAACCCUGUAAGGUAUACAGAUGCUCAAGCCAUGCCAAUAGGUGUUCCACAAGCGGUAUCGGCUACUCCGCAGCAGAUUUCUUCGUCUCGACCGGAGCUUGAGAUAGAGAGGACAUUGCCUGCAAUGGUUCAACCCCAGCCACCAUUGGGUUUUGAAUUGCAUCAGGCAACAACAAUGGAGUUUCAGCCGACUGCAGCUUACAUGCAGGGUUACGUAGAUCCUCACCUUUCCUCCCAAAUUGGGUACGGAAAUCCUCAGCUGAUGGGUAUUCCACCAGGGUCCAUGUACAGGCUUGCUGAUAACACGCAACAGCUGCCUCAUCAGUUUGUACCUGCAGUACACAUGACAAUGGCUGCCCCAUCUCCUCAUGUGGGCAUUAAACCAAUUGGAGUUCAGGCUGUUCAGCAAUUCAUGCAGCCUCAACAAGUCCGGCGGGAUCCAUAUACCGAAGAGAAUCAAUAUGGACAAAGGGUAGUUCAGCCUCCUAGUGACCAGAACUUUAAAGGUUAUCAAUCCCAGCCACCACGUCCCCAGAUCCCUGUGGCAGCUCAGACAGGAGGAUAUGGUUGGCAUCAGGUACACACACCAGAGCAUGCAGUCUCCUAUGAAGUUUGGAUACCUCAGCAGCAGGGAAUGUUUUCAGAUAAAAUUCAGAGACUGGGGAAUGGUAAUAUGUGUCAAAAAGCUUUUCCUCAUGCACAUUCUGAUCCUUUGGUGCAGGACCAGAGAGAGAGCAGUGCGAGUAUCGUUUCUGACACAAAUUUGGCUUUCCAUAGUCUCAAUGCAGAGGAUGGUAUGGCCCGACCUGCAAACAGAGUGGCGGUGACUGGAGCUUUGUUGGAUACCUCAGUUGAACACCAAGGUAGUGGGACUGUCCCCGGGGUCAUUGUCGGCCAAGUGGAUCCUGAGGUUACUGCUCCACAGUUUGGGGUGCUUGGGUUUCCUCAGAAUCUAGAAGGGCAGCAUGAGAACGACAGGGUCCUCUUGCAAAAAGUAGACAGUCAUGGUCAUCAAAGGAUGUUUCCCCCAGGUAUGAUGGGGUCGCCAGGGGAUCCACAGUCUUACGGUACAUUUAUGGGCCAUAUCCCUCAGAGCCGGCAAGAAGAAGAUGGUCUGCAGCAGCCCUCUGUGCCAUUCCAAUACCAGGUUAAACAGGAUGCUUUCAUGAACAGACCAAUUAGUAAUCAUAACCCUCCUGUGAGAGUCGUACCUUUUCAAACUUCUGAACCCUUAGUUCAUGAGUUUUCAACAGAGUACUCUGGUAAGCUUUCUGACUAUGUUCAGAAAGAUCUCUUGGACUCUUCCAGUGACCAUCUUAGAACAAUUAAUGGAAGGAUGGAAGCACUCCAAAUAAAUUCACCUGAGAAUUCUGGUAGUAAUGAGCAGUGUAUACCGAAGAAGGAUGAGACAGGGAAGGAAAUGUUUCAGGCCAACUCCUUUAUCAAGCCUGGGAUUGUCCUGGACGGGAAUCACCUAAAGCCAAUUGAGACUAUAGAGUCUUCCCCUACUGAGGUUGGUCAUCUUCAAUCUGUAGGGUGCAGUCAAUUAGCACAACCACCUGUUUUGGGAAACUCAGGACAGUAUCUGCAUCAAAAGAUGGGACAUCAAUGCGUUGUUCCUGAUGAAAUAUGGCAUGGUAAACCAGCAUUUUCAGGAGUUGAUUCAUCCUACGCUUCUGAUAGGGUAUCACAACCAGUGGUUGAAUGGAAGGAUGCAAUAUUGCAUUCGAGGAUGGUUCCUAAUGAUGUGGGCUCAUAUACCGUUGCUGCAACUAGUAAUAUGCCAUCUUCUGUACCUCUGCAGGCUGCGGUGAUUGCAAAUAACUGGAAUCCUGCUCCAUCAAACUCGCUUUUCAGCAAUCAAGACCCUUGGAAUUUGCAUCAUGACUCUCAUAUCCUACCUCCGAGGCCUAACAAUGUUCCAAUGAGCAAGGAACCUGUUGUUACAAGGGACUUAUUAGGGGAUAAUUGUUUAGGUAAUAAUGGGGAAUCUAGUGCGAAACUGCAAUUGGAAGGAGUUCUUAACCAGUCAUCAGGCAAUCUUAACAGGGAUUUAAGUUCAGAAAACCUUUGGCAUGUGAAAGGUGCAGCAGAGGAACAGAUCAAGCAAGAUCUUCAGGCUGUUGCAGAAGGUGUGGCGGCUUCUGUUCUUCAGUCAUCUUCGCCUUCUAAUCCUGAAUCAUCCAUUCAUGAGAAUAAUGAGCUCCAAACUGAAGCCAAUAGAGCCAGAGAAGUCCAUGAUUGUGAUGCUGAAGCACAUAGUAGAGCCAAAGUCGAGGACAUGAAGACCAAACUAUCAGAUAAGACUAGUCCUGUUUUACCUAUUUCAGAUGGCAUUGGUCGCUUGCAGAUUAUCACGAAUAGCGAUCUUGAAGAGUUGCGGGAACUGGGUUCUGGAACUUAUGGUACCGUGUAUCAUGGAAAAUGGAGGGGUACUGAUGUUGCAAUAAAACGGAUCAAUGAUAGGUGUUUUGCUGGAAAACCAUCGGAGCAGGACCGCAUGAGAGAUGACUUUUGGAAUGAGGCAAUCAAGCUAGCGGACUUGCACCAUCCAAAUGUGGUAGCUUUUUAUGGUGUUGUGCUGGAUGGUCCUGGGGGUUCUGUGGCUACAGUAACAGAAUACAUGGUCAAUGGAUCGCUUAGAAAUGCUUUACAAAAAAAGGACAAGAUACUCGAUAAACGGAAGCGCAUCAUGAUUGUGAUGGAUGUGGCAUUUGGAAUGGAAUACUUGCAUGGGAAGAAUAUAGUACAUUUUGACUUGAAAAGUGACAACCUACUUGUCAAUCUUCGAGAUCCUCACCGGCCAAUAUGCAAGGUUGGUGAUUUGGGCCUGUCAAAAGUGAAAUGUCAGACUCUAAUUUCUGGUGGUGUGCGUGGAACACUACCAUGGAUGGCUCCAGAGCUUCUGAAUGGCAGCAGUAGUCUGGUCUCCGAGAAGGUUGAUGUAUUUUCCUUUGGCAUUGUCAUGUGGGAACUUCUUACUGGAGAAGAACCGUAUGCAGACCUGCACUAUGGUGCUAUCAUUGGUGGAAUUGUUAGUAACACAUUACGGCCACCGGUACCCGAGUCUUGUGAUCCCGAGUGGAGAUCACUGAUGGAGAGAUGCUGGUCACCUGAGCCAUCUGAGAGGCCAAGCUUCACAAAGAUUGCGAAUGAACUACGUGCUAUGUUAGCAAAGCUUCCUCCAAAGGGACAAUCCUAUCAACAGCAGCAAGCUCAAAAAUGAUUUUGGGCUUCACAUAUCCUCUAUCUUGCAUAUUUCCUUUGCCACAGGACUGAGUCUGACCUUCUUCUUGGCUCAAAUCUAACAGCAAAGAUGGAAUUUGCAUUUUGAAUAUAUCCUUCAGGAAUUUGUUCUGAAUUCUGAGUAUGUUGGGUAUCCUGAGAAACAUGUUAGAUUGUCCAAAAAAAUAUUGUAUUUGUUCUUUUCUUUUUGUUAUUUUCUGUCUUCUUCCACAGAUGUGUCUGAAAGAAGCUAGAGUUCAAGGCCCAGGCUCACUGAUGUCUUGGUGGUGUAAAAUAAAUGGGGUUUUUGGCCAAUUUUGGUUUGUGGCUGUAAAAGGAAUAUUUUAGAACUGUUAUAGUAAAGAUACCUUCAUUUUUAGUGGUUCUA